AUGGGAGGCUGUGCGAGCAAGCCAAAGGAGUUCGACACCCCUCGCCCAGAGACCCUCCCUAGCGAGACCACCAGCCCCAAGAAGGCUGAUGGCCCUCAGGAGGGUGAGGCCACUACUACAACCACCACCGCCACUACCAACCAGGAUGCGAAACAAGAGGAGACCACCACUGAAGCACCUUUGGUAGACCUCUCAAAGCCAAAGGAGAAGGAGGCUGAGGCUGCGGCCGAGGCUGAUGUGGUAGCAACUGAAAAGGAUCAAGCCGAAGUUGUUGCCAAGCAACUGGCGGAGAUUAAUCUCGUUGAGGCUGUGAAGGAGACCAAGGGGAAAGAGCUGGUGGAGGAGCCUGCACGGAAGGCGAAAGAAGAGGAGCCUGCACGGAAGGCGAAAGAAGAGGAGCCAGCGGUGGAGAUCAAUCCAAAGGCCACGGAGGAGGAUGUAGCAAAGGCAGCAGCUCCGGCCGCGGCAGAGGACAAGGCUAAGGAUGCACCUCUUGUUAUUGUUUGA